AUAAUCCAGCUGCAAACUGGCUCCACGCAAGGUCCACCAGGAAAAAGCGUUGUCCUUACACCAAGCAUCAGACACUGGAACUGGAGAAGGAGUUUCUGUUCAAUAUGUAUCUCACUAGGGACCGCAGAUAUGAGGUGGCUAGACUCCUCAAUUUAACUGAGAGACAAGUGAAAAUCUGGUUUCAGAACAGAAGGAUGAAAAUGAAGAAAAUCAACAAAGAUUCCACGCAAG